AGAUUUUAAACUCUAUUGUGCAACCUGCGCAAGUGCAAGAAGUAGUUUUGCGAUUGGAUAUGAACACAUCGAAGAUAGAGAUGGUUGUUAAAAAACGACGUCACGGUAACUGGUGAGAAAAAGAUGGAGUACAUCGUAUUGCGCAGAAGAAAGAGAGGAAGAGAGAUAGGGACCACCGCCAGUAUGAUUGCUCGAUCACUUGUUCUCAGUCUCAGUAGUAAAGCAAAGUUCGGUGAGAGGAGCGGUUUUCUCAGUACAUUUGGAGCGAAACACAAACUAGAGACAGAAAUUUUUGUUUUAUCACCGUAUACCGUAUCGUUGUGAAUAAAAUUUUGGUGCUACCCUGCGGAGGAUGGCAUCCACGAAGGACGACGGCACCGACAGCGUGCAGUUUUUCGAAGGUGUAGAAAAACUCCUCGAGAUUUGGUUCACGAGCAGCAGCAGCAUAAACAGAAAGCAGGGCGAUCUCAGGCAGAUUCCUCAAUGGAAAUGGCAAUCCUUACUAAAAAUCGUUCGUUGCGAGAUCAUCAGUAUUUGUCGCACUGAACAUGUGGAUGCUUAUGUUCUCAGUGAAAGCAGCAUGUUCCUAUCAAAGCGUAGACUUAUUCUAAAGACAUGUGGCACAACUACCCCCCUUCAAUGCUUGGAACCUCUUUUGGAACUUGUUAAAGAGCAUACUGGCUUUGAAGAAGUAGAGAACGUAUUCUAUUCACGAAAAAACUACAAGAAACCGGAAUUACAGAUAUCCCCGCAUCAAGCGUUCGAAGAAGAAGUUACUCUGCUUGAUACCUUCUUUCCCGCUGGUGAAGCUUACAGUCUAGGUUCUGUAGACUCAGAUUGUUGGUACUUGUAUACUCUGAAUAAAGAGAAAUCCGUAGAUGAACCCUCAGAACCGGAUCAAACCUUAGAAAUCCUGAUGACUCAUUUAGACACAGAAGUAAUGAGUCUCUUCACUAGAGACGUUUGUUCCUCUGCAGACGAAGCGACUCAAAAAUCUGGAAUCGACAAACUGAUUCCCAAUAUGAUUAUAGACGACUUUUUGUUCGAACCUUGCGGCUAUUCAAUGAACGGGGUAUCAAAAAACGGAAACUACAUGACUAUUCAUAUUACACCGGAACCAGAAUUUUCGUACGUCUCAUUCGAGAGUAACAUCCCAGAGGCAUCUUACGAAGAGAUAAUACGGCGCGUGCUGAACACGUUCAAACCGGAGAAAUUCGUCGUCACCAUAUUUGCUAAUAAAGAAUCGAUAGCGGCCAGCUGUCCACGUGAUAUGGAACAAACCGAUUAUCUAAAAGGUUCCGGCGAUUGGCUGCGCACGGACGUGCAAUAUUGCCGUUUCAAAAAUUACGAUCUGACUUGUGCAUUUUACUCAAGAUUUCCGAGCUGAGGGUUCAUGGACGC